AUGAAACUAUCAUUAUCAGGUAUUCUUAUUUUACUUCUGUGUCUUUCACAUGAAUGCACUGGUCGACAUCUUAGUAGCAUUGAUAGUUUGGCCAUGGAUGACAAUGCAAAGCUUCUCAGCCAUCCCACCAUCAAGGGUUUUGAGAACGAUCUACUCACAGUUCCUGAUCAUUUGAACCUCAAAAUGACGGAAAACGGAAAGGAUCAGAGCAGUAAGGUUGAUAAUGAUCAUCACAAGAAAACAGACUCCAAAUCACAGAACAAGAAAGACGUGAACAACGACCAAAAGUUAAAGAAGGUUCAAGAAGAACUGGUUAUUCAUCAUCAUCAACAUCAACCUAAGUCACAUACUACUGUCACUUUUAGAGUCCCUCCUAGAAACAAGCGGAUACAUCAGCAACCUGGUUUUAAUCUUGAUUAUUCUCCACCAAAGACACACCCUCCCAGUCACAACUAA